UGCAUUGUGGGAUAUCACGUGUCACUCGGGGUGUCAGGGACCGGCUCCGCUGUCACUGAACCUUCGGUCAGAGGUGCUCCGCGGUCCCGCAACACGCAGCUAUGGCUCCCGCAAAUAACAGGGUGUUUGUGAUCGGCGUAGGGAUGACGAAGUUUGAAAAGCCAGGAGUAAAAGAUGAGUUUGACUACCCAGACAUGGCCAAAGAAGCAGGCCAGAAGGCUUUGGCAGAUGCUGGUAUCCCGUACUCUGCUAUAGAGCAGGCCUGUGUUGGCUAUGUGUAUGGUGAUUCGACCUGUGGGCAGAGGGCCAUCUACCACAGUCUGGGCCUGUCAGGCAUCCCCAUCAUCAAUGUCAACAACAACUGCUCCACGGGCUCCACCGCCCUCUUCAUGGCUCGUCAGCUGGUGCAGGGAGGUCUAGCCAACUGUGUGCUUGCCCUGGGGUUUGAGAAGAUGGAGAGGGGCUCUCUGUCUUCAAAGUACAUGGACAGGACUAAUCCCAUGGACAAGCACAUGGAAGUGAUGCUGAACCGUUAUGGGAUGGCAGCGGCUCCAGCUGCUCCCCAAAUGUUCGGCAAUGCAGGCAGAGAGCACAUGGAGAAAUAUGGUACCAAACCUGAGCACUUUGCCAAGAUUGCAUGGAAGAACCACAAACAUUCCACCAACAACCCGUACUCUCAGUUUCAAGAGGAAUACACUCUGAAUCAGGUGCUGAAGUCAAGAAAGGUCUAUGAAUACCUUACCUUGCUGCAGUGCUGCCCAACAUCAGACGGUGCAGGGGCGGCUGUGUUAGCCAGCGAGGAUUUUGUCAUCCGCCAUGGCCUACAGCACAAGGCGGUCGAGAUCUUGGCCCAGGAGAUGGUGACAGACCUAGCCAGCACCUUCCAAGAAAACAGCUGCAUUAAGAUGGUUGGCUAUGACAUGACUAAGAUGGCUGCCAAGAAGUGCUUCGAAGUGACUGGCUUGAAGCCAGUGGACGUGGACGUCAUUGAACUUCACGACUGCUUCUCAGCCAAUGAGCUGAUCACGUAUGAGGCCCUGGGACUGUGUUCUGAAGGUAAAGCAGGUGAGCUCAUAGACCGAGGAGACAACACUUAUGGGGGGAAAUGGGUUAUCAACCCGAGCGGAGGACUCAUUUCUAAGGGACACCCACUGGGUGCAACAGGCCUGGCCCAGUGCGCCGAGCUGUGCUGGCAACUCCGAGGGGAAGCUGCGAAGAGGCAGGUUCAGGGAGCAAAGGUGGCCUUGCAGCACAACAUCGGCCUCGGAGGAGCGGUGGUCGUAACUCUGUACAGAAUGGGCUUUCCACAGCAUACAAGGAGGUCGGAGCGGCUCCAGGCAGUACCGACCAGCGCAGCCAGCGGCCUGGAGGACUUCAAGGCGUAUGCUGUGUUCCAGGAGAUAGAGAAGAUGUUGCAGAAGGAAGGGGAGCAGUAUGUGAAGAAGAUUGGGGGAGUGUUUGCCUUCAAGGUGAAAGACGGACCUGGUGGCAAGGAGGCCAUGUGGGUGGUUGAUGUGAAGAACGGAAAGGGCUCCGUCAACAACGACAUGGUGAAGGCAGCCGACUGCACGAUCGCCAUGUCCGACACUGACCUGCUUUCCUUGAUGACGGGAAAAAUGAACCCGCAGACGGCCUUUUUCCAGGGGAAGCUGAAGAUCACCGGGAAUAUGGGCAUGGCCAUGAAGCUUCAGAAUCUGCAGCUUCAGCCCGGGAAAGCCAAGCUGUGAGAGAUCCUGUCCCCUGGGCCACCCCUCCAAGCUCCCCGGGGAGGUGUGCUGUCACUACGGCUGUGGAUGGGGACAUGGAGGAGGUGGCCAUCCAUCUGCUUUUGGUUUUGGGAGCAGGGUGGUAAAUAGAAACUGAGUUAUGUUUGCCAGUAAUUGCAUCUUUUCAGAAUUACCCCGCUCCCCAGUUUUCUGAGUAACUAGAACAGUGUAGGUUUGCACACAUCAUAGUGCAUCUGAUCCUUGUACUACUAAGUUUUGAUCAUGUGAUUUGAGUAAUUUGUAACCUGCCACGUGGUGGUAUCUUAAUUAUACUGAACCCCCCCCCCCCCCCCAACACACACUCACACAAACAACCAUUUCCACCAAAGGCCCAGUCCUGAACACCGUUGCUCCUGUGAGGGUGUUCACACUGCCUUUCGUAGGACCGCAUAAUGUGCCUCUGGUGUAUUUUCUUAUAGAGAAGCUGCUGUCCUUUAGACGGGAAAUAUUUUCUACUGCUUGGUCCUCUGUUCAUGUCGGAUGUACUUUGGGGGGAGAAAAAUAUUAAUCACGCGACUGAACGUCUUCAGAUUUUAAUAAAGAAUAAAAAAGGAUUAACAAA